GCCGCCUGUGAUUUUAUGGUCAUCAUCGUCUUCCUGUGCGGCACGGGCUUCUCCCCGGUGAAGAGUGAUUCAUGUUCAGGAUGCACAGCGCACAGCAGGACCCGAGCGGAUAGAGCCAGCAAGCUCUGUUCAUUAAAUCUAGGGACUCGAAGACAUUUUUAUUCUCCCUUGGCAGAAACGCAAGCGCUGCCUCAUACAAAGCCCCUCUGUGACCUAGUGACGCGUUUCGGCUUGUCACAGCGCUGCCCCACGGUGUGUAAACCGCAUUCUGUAUCCUCACCUGCUGAGGGACGAACAGGCCGCUCCCGAGGUUCAGCUCUGAUGAGCUUUGGGCUGCAGACACGGCCCCCGCUGGUCCAGGCGAUCUUCAGUGGUGACCCCGAGGAGAUCCGGGUGCUCAUUCACAAAACCGAGGACGUGAACGCGCUGGAUUCCGAGAAGCGAACUCCCCUGCAUGUGGCUGCAUUUCUGGGAGAUGCAGAGAUCAUCGAGCUCCUGAUUCUGUCAGGAGCUCGUGUCAAUGCCAAGGACAACAUGUGGCUGACUCCGCUGCACCGGGCGGUGGCUUCCCGGAGUGAGGAGGCAGUGCAAGUGCUGAUCAAGCACUCGGCAGACGUCAACGCACGGGACAAGAACUGGCAGACGCCGCUGCACGUGGCCGCAGCCAAUAAGGCCGUCCGGUGUGCGGAGGUUCUCAUCCCGCUGCUGAGCAGCGUCAACGUCUCCGACCGGGGCGGGCGCACGGCGCUGCACCACGCGGCCCUGAACGGCCAUGUGGAGAUGGUCAAUCUACUCUUAGCCAAAGGGGCAAACAUCAACGCGUUCGACAAGAAGGACCGGCGAGCGCUGCACUGGGCCGCGUACGUAGGUCACCUGGAUGUCGUGGCCCUGCUCAUCAACCAUGGUGCAGAAGUGACCUGCAAGGACAAGAAGGGCUACACCCCACUGCAUGCCGCAGCCUCCAAUGGGCAGAUCAACGUCGUCAAACACCUCCUAAAUCUCGGGGUGGAGAUUGACGAAAUCAACGUCUACGGGAACACAGCCCUGCACAUCGCCUGUUACAACGGCCAGGACACCGUGGUGAGCGAGCUGAUCGACUACGGAGCCAACGUGAACCAGCCCAACAGCAGCGGCUUCACCCCGCUGCACUUCGCCGCCGCCUCCACCCACGGCGCUCUGUGCCUGGAGCUGCUGGUGAACAACGGGGCCGACGUCAACUUCCAGAGUAAAGAUGGCAAAAGUCCACUGCACAUGACGGCUGUCCACGGGCGGUUCACGCGGUCACAGACCCUCAUUCAGAAUGGCGGUGAGAUCGACUGCGUGGACAAGGACGGCAACACGCCGCUGCACGUGGCCGCGCGCUACGGCCACGAGCUUGCAUUACCGGUUACCGUGAGCUGCUCUUUUUCCCUCCUCAGGUGUGGGAUCCAUAGCAUGUUCCCCUUACAUUUAGCUGCCCUAAAUGCCCACUCUGACUGCUGCAGAAAGCUCUUGUCAUCAGGACAAAAGUAUAGCAUAGUGUCCUUGUUUAGUAAUGAGCACGUGCUGUCUGCAGGCUUUGCAAUAGACACCCCAGAUAAGUUUGGAAGAACGUGCCUUCACGCUGCUGCCGCAGGAGGUAAUGUGGAAUGUAUAAAACUCUUGCAGAGCAGUGGAGCGGAUUUCCACAGGAAGGACAAGUGUGGGAGAACCCCUUUGCACUAUGGAGCUGCCAAUUGUCAUUUCCACUGUAUCGAGACGUUAGUGACCACUGGGGCCAACGUCAACGAAACAGAUGACUGGGGACGGACAGCUCUGCACUAUGCUGCAGCCUCGGACAUGGACAGAAAUAAGACCAUGUUGGGAAACGCCCAUGAAAAUUCAGAAGAACUUGAAAGAGCCAGGGAGCUGAAGGAGAAAGAGGCUGCACUAUGCCUCGAGUUUCUGCUUCAGCAUGACGCGAACCCGUCCAUCCGGGACAAGGAGGGCUACAAUAGCAUACAUUACGCUGCUGCCUAUGGCCACCGGCAAUGUCUGGAGUUGCUUUUGGAAAGAACCAACACUGGGUUUGAAGAGUCUGAUUCCGGUGCUACCAAGAGUCCACUGCACUUAGCUGCCUACAACGGGCACCACCAGGCCUUGGAAGUCCUCCUGCAGUCACUGGUGGACCUGGACAUCAGGGACGAGAAAGGUCGCACGGCCCUGGACCUGGCCGCCUUCAAGGGACACGCCGAGUGUGUGGAAGCUCUCGUCAACCAGGGCGCCUCCGUCUCCGUGAAAGACAGCGUGACCAAGAGGACCCCUCUGCAUGCCUCGGUUAUCAAUGGCCACACCCUGUGUCUGCGGCUGUUGCUGGAAAUUGCAGACAACCCAGAAGUGGUGGACGUGAAAGACGCCAGAGGACAAACCCCUCUGAUGCUUGCGGUUGCAUAUGGACACAUCGACACGGUCUCGCUGCUCCUGGAGAAGGAGGCCAGCGUGGAUGCUGUGGACGUCAUGGGGCGCACGGCCCUACACCGAGGGAUCAUGACGGGACACGAGGAGUGUGUGCAGAUGCUGCUGGAGCAGGAGGUGUCCGUGCUCUGCAGGGACUUCCGGGGGAGGACGCCCCUGCACUACGCCGCCGCCCGUGGCCAUGCCACAUGGCUGAGCGAGCUGCUGCAGGCGGCGCUGGCCGAGGAGGACUGCUGCCUACGGGACAGCCAGGGCUACACGCCCCUGCACUGGGCCUGCUACCACGGCAAUGAAAACUGCAUAGAGGUACUGCUGGAGCAGAAAUGUUUCCGCACGUUCGCGGGGAACCCCUUCACGCCCCUUCACUGUGCAGUAAUAAACGACCAUGAGAAUUGUGCAUCCAUGCUGCUGGGGGCCAUGGAUUCCAGCAUCGUCAGCUGCAGGGACGACAGAGGCAGGACGCCCCUCCACGCGGCAGCGUUCGGGGACCACGUGGACUGCCUGCAGCUCCUCUUGCAACACGACGCUCAGGUGAACGCCGCAGACAGUUUGGGGAAGACGGCGCUGAUGAUGGCCGCAGAGAACGGGCAGGAGGGCGCCGUGGAUAUUUUGGUGAACAGCGCCCAGGCUGAUCUGACUGUGAAGGAUAAGGACUUGAAUACACCUUUACAUCUGGCCAGUAGUAAAGGUCAUGAAAAAUGUGCCUUGUUGAUACUUGACAAGAUACAAGAUGAGAGCCUUAUUAAUGCCAAAAACAAUGCGCUGCAGACACCCCUCCACAUUGCUGCGCGCAAUGGCCUGAAGGUGGUAGUGGAGGAGCUGCUGGCCAAAGGGGCCUGUGUACUCGCGGUGGACGAAAAUGGUCAUACCCCGGCCCUGGCUUGCGCUCCUAACAAAGACGUGGCUGACUGCCUGGCCCUCAUUCUGGCUACCAUGAUGCCUUUUUCUCCGUCCAGUGCAAUGACGGCUGUCAACUUCGUUUGUUUUAAAAAAGACAAUUUGAGCAGGACGACCCUCUCCAACCUGGGUAGCAUGGUUAGCCUUUGCAGUAACAACGUAGGCUCGGAGGACGGGUACAAUGAGAAUGACUCUGAUUCCGAAACCUUUUGACCUGGGACUGUACAAGCGUUCCCCGAUCGCACGUGUUGGAGGAAGGGAAGAAGCUUGACUUCCGGUUUCCGCCACAUUCAAGUAUUAUGACGGGGCCGCGCUUUGGGAAGCCAGAGGAGGAGGGACAGCGGCCGUCCUGGGGGGACACUGGUGCAAGGGGCCCUGGUUGGGUUUGGUUUCGUGUUAUCCUUAGCUCUAAGGUACUUCUGUGAAAGUCUACCUCUCAGUUAAGUAAGGGACAGAACAUGUAUUUCAUUCUUUUUCUUUGGGGAUAAUGCAAGAGAGAGGCGGCUGUUCACGAGAAGGAAAGCAUCUCUGUCACCUUGUGUCCUGGGGAGGGGAGGGCAGCCGAGGACAGGAAAUGCCUGCGACCUCUUCUCGCUUUGAUGUUUACUUCCUCACUAGAAGCCAAAGGUAAAGGCGUUCAUUUUCAGAAAUAACGCCUGCUAACCAUCUUUUCAAGGGAGUCCAGCUCUUCCUCUCCUGUCUGCAGUAAGCGCUUAAAUACCCAGAACUUCUUUCUGAGGAUCUUAGUUUCCAGAGGAAUGGGAAGACUGAACUUGCUUUUGUUGUUUAACACAGAUGUGGCGCCCAGGGCUCCCCUAGCAAGCCUGUGACUAAUUCUCGCCCGAGUGAUUAAAUCCAAAUUGCCCUAGUAACAUUCCAGGUGAAAAAAUCACGUUGCACCGCAACUUUGAGAUGAUACGCAGGUUUCAUACAGAACUACGCUUUGUCAAUUUGUUCUUAAAUCAAAAUACUUCUCUAAAGCAGCUGACUCAUCAGCACUGUCCGUCGCUAGGGAAGCGUUCAGUGAGCUUUCCUGCCGAGGUCGCGCCCAGGGCGUGAGUGAGACUGCGGAAGGGAACCCAGAGGGCGGACGCGGGCACACGGGAGUGAAAGCCAAUUGCUCGUUGCAUGCUGAUGGAAGGCAGCGUAGUGAUGCUGUGUCUGCUCCCUCUGCCAAAGCUUCUAGGUCAAACGGACCCUGUUCCACAUCUGCAGCAGCUGUACAAAAAGAAGAAUGAGACUGAACACGUCUGCACGUCUGCACGAGCACUAAGUGUCUGUCUCUUCGUGUGCGUGUGGCCCCUCGGCCAGCUGUGCGCAAGGACCAAAAUGCUUCAGUCUAAAACGGAGGCUGCACACGUUUGCCUUGAGACUGCAAGUAAGAACUGAAGCGGUUUUUCUAUGGGGUUCCACUGUGAUCCUUUCUGAGUACCAGUCUCUGUCGUAUUUUAUUUUUCUUAGGACACAGGUUUCCAGCUGACAGCUGGACGUUUCUCACUGAUAAGGUUUUGACCACCAUUUAUUUUUUUGCCAAACUAGAGAAGAUGUCCGUAUACUUUUGAUGUAAAUGUGUUUAUAUUUAUUGGAAUGAAAGAAAUAUGAGGAAACAUUCACUGUUUGUCCUCUGUUUUCAUUGCUGUGUAUCUGAUUUAGGAUUUUUUUUAAAAAAGUAGACGCACCCUCGACCCCGGGCCAGCUGGAAGCCCUGGGGACAAACCCAGCAUUUCCUCUGCGAAGGUUUCCUCUGCUCUCAGGCUCUGGCCCAGCCUAUCAUAGCCAGUUGAGAGCUCAGAAGACACCACAGCCCACGCUUCUGUGAGAGGGGAGCUGGCAUGUGUGGACCCUGUGCACAGAGACACCCAGGAGUCGCCCCGCAAACACUGAAAAUCUUUCAUGGUCCCAGCAACCUGCAGGGCAAGGCUGCCAGUGCAGUGCUGUGCCGGCAGGAAAAUAAAAUCACCAGCUCAGGUGCGUUUUCCACUGGAGGAAGAGACAGGAAAGAAAUUGGUUUCAUUAGGGCAGAAUUAUUAGACAUUUUAUAAUAGGUUCCAUUGUCACCCUGGCAACUGGUGAGAUCAUUUUUAAAACAGUGUCCUCUCCCGGCUGGGUCAAAUACCUACACUCUCUUGUGACAUUUUUCAUCUAGCUGUAAAGGUCCUUAAUCUUCCUCUUAUAAUAUCCCGGAUUUACUUAAAACUCACACUGGGUCCUUCACAAAUGAGAGCUUGUUCAAAAGUCUUAGAGAACUGGUAUUAAUUUCAUCAAAAAAUGCAAGACCACCAAUACUAAUUUUUGUUUGUUUUUUUUAAUUCUUGGUACAAUGUUUCCCUCCUCCUCUUUUUGUUUA